AAUAGCUACUACACUAUCAUCCAACACAUACACAUACAAUAUGGACCAAUUAAACGUUAAGGAACAACAAGAGUUUCAACAAAUUGUUGAACAAAAGCAAAUGAAGGAUUUCAUGAACUUAUAUUCUGGUUUAGUUGUCAGAUGUUUUGAUGAUUGUGUUAACGAUUUCACUUCUGCCAGUUUAUCCUCUAAGGAAACCAGCUGUAUUGCCAAGUGUUCUGAAAAGUUCUUGAAGCACAGUGAACGUAUUGGUCAAAGAUUCCAAGAACAAAAUGAAAAAUUAGUGCAAUCCCAAAGAUAAGCUUGAUAUUUCCAAGUAUUACUUAGAGGGAAAACAUAGUAUUAUCUAACCAGUCAAAGAGUAUGCUGGUUUAGAAAUUCAAAUGUUUUAUGUUUUUGGUGGGGGAUGGCGGAAGAUGUGCCUAGUGUUUGAAUGUCUGGGUAUCUUGUGUUUAUAAAAUUUGUAUAUAAAUAUUAUAUCAUUAAGUAUUGAUUAAUAUCAUAAUACUUUAUUGUUAC